AAGACAAAGGUUGAAAAGAAAAAGAUAAAAUUGGAAAUGAGGAAGAAGAGAAAAAGAAAGGAAAAUAGGAGAUUCUGAUUUUCAGGUGGAGAGCCUUGAACAAUAGUGAUUAUGGCGGAUACUUGUUUGGGACCCCCGUUUUGCAUGCCCCCUCAUUUCCUUUUAAAUACCCCAAAUCAAAUUCCAUUUCCUUUCUUACUCUCUCAUCACCGUUCUACGCCAUUUUCCAGAAACCUCUCUCUCAUGGCUCCAUGUAGAAAUACCACCCAUAACUCUCACUGCUCUUCUGCUUCCACCUCUGCAAAUAGCGUCUCCGCUCAGCCCUCUUUGCUUGUUUUUUCGGGUGGAACUGCCUUCAAUGGUGUUGUGGAAGAGCUUAAGAAGUUAACAGUUCGUGUGGCUCAUGUUCUCCCCGUUUCUGAUGAUGGAGGGAGCACGGCCGAGAUUGUUCGUGUUCUUGGAGGGCCAGCUGUUGGAGAUAUUCGGUCCAGAUGCUUGAGACUAUCUGAUCCAAGCACUUCUGAGGCGCUUGCUGUGCGGACAUUGCUAGGUCAUCGGUUACCCCUUGAAGCACAAAAAGCAAAAUUUGAAUGGUAUGAUAUUGUGGAAGGAAACCAUUCUCUGUGGACAGGUGUCUCAAAACCAUACAGGGAGACCAUUCGAGCAUUUUUGGUUUUUUUCCAGGAUCAGAUCCUUAGAAGGCCGGAUGAAGUGUUCUGUUUCAGCAAUGGAAGCAUUGGGAAUUUUUUCUUUGCUGGAGCUCGGAUAUUCUUUCAGUCUCUAGAUGCUGCAAUUUUCUUGUUUUCACGUGUCUCACAAAUUCCUACAGAAAGCCUGGUGCUACCAGUUAUAUCCACAAAUGAUAGGCUUACCUUGGGUUGUGAAUUAUGGGAUGGGACAAUAAUACGUGGUCAGAAUGAAAUUUCUCAUCCAACCAAUGGAUCUAUGGAGCCCAUAAAUAAGAGUAACUCUUCAACUCGAACUCUUCCGUCAAGAAUAAAGCGGGUCUUUUACAUGUCUAGCGAAGGCAGCAAUCUAUUGCAUGAGGUCUUUCCAUCUACAAAUCAAACUGUCUUAGAUCAGUUGAACAGUGUUGACUGCAUUAUCUAUGCCAUGGGUUCUCUGUUUACUUCGAUAUGCCCCUCUCUGGUUUUACGUGGAAUUGGGGAAAGUAUUUCUUCACGAUCAUGUCCCAAGGUGCUUCUCCUGAAUGGUACACAUGAUAGAGAAACUAGUGGCUUUACAGCUUCCUGCUUUGUGACAGCUAUUGCCGAUGCUCUGAACAGAACGCAUGGCGAUCCUCACAACAGUCUUACGGGUCCUCCUAACCAAUACAUCAACACAAUCUUUGUGCCCAAAGAUGGUCAGAUUCCCAUUAAUACUGAUAAAUUGGCUGCGCAAGGGAUCUCUCGCGUGGUAACUGUUGAGUCAGUACACGAUGCAGCUGCGGGCAUAAUCUAUGAUCCGACAUCCCUGAUACAAUCUAUGUCGAAUCUGUUGACCGGAUGCAUGACAAAGGAUGUUACUUCAAGUUGAUCUAUGUUCAGUUCCAGAUUUUUUACGUUUCACACGGAUCAUUAUCUUCGUUUCUGUUGCUCUGCUUCUGCGGAGGUUGGAGCUCAUUUCUUGAUUUCCGAUUCACUCAAUUGUACAACAUUUGUAUAGGUAUUUUUGUUCGUGAUGUGGUAGGAAACUUGGACUUCAGUUAAGUAGAUAUUGGUAGAUGUAAUAGCUCUGUUAAAUGUAGGAUUACAGGAUGUGACUAUAGAGCUUAUUGUUUGAUUAAUCAAAUUGGUUGAUCGUUACGUGCCUCAAA